AUGAAUGCCCAAAUCUUCAACCCAAACGCAUCUCAUGUCACCAAGGCGGAUUUGAUAGAUUUUCUCUAUAGAUCUGACCCUCACGUGUUUCUCCCAACGUCAAUCACGAAGGAUGGACUUAUUGCACUGGUGCAAGAGCGACUUAACUUAACUCGUUUGACCCCACCCGCAGGUCGUGGUAUGCGACACCGUGGCAACCCUCCUGACCCACCCGCGCCAGUUACUGUACGCGCGACUCGCCGCAGGUCAGUCCCCGGCAACCCCACUGUGGUUACCAGCUUGCCCAGAGCACCACGCAGAUCAACUCCCGCGGUGGGUACUGUUGUGGUGAAUCCCAUAGAGAGAGAUACGGCCAACCAGCGAGCUCCUGCGGAAAGCCUGAUGACUUCUGCGGCGGGUCCUACGGUCAAUGAUGAAGGUGCCGUCAAAAACGUUGUCACCCCCGUGGCGGGUACUCCUGUUGAAGUACACACGGCUGAUGAUCAAGCCAGUGCUACGUCGCCUGCCAGAUGCCCCUCUGUGGAAAGCUCUAUCCCCAGGCCCAGGACUCCAACAUUUGCUGAAGUUGUCCAAAAACCCCGAAACGGUUUAGGACCAAUUGCGUCAAAUUCUGACACUUUGCAGAUUUCUAACGAUGUUCAGCUUCAAGCAGGUAGUACUUUGAGCAAGCAAACUGAUGUCAAAGGAAAGAAUUCUGAACCCCUCCCUCCCAAGGCUGGUGCUUCAAAGAUUGUUGCUGUCAAGUUCGCCCCGGAUAGCACUCCGGCCGUGAUUAAUGCCAGAGGCAAGAAAUCUAAACAACUACCUCCCCCAAAGGCUGGUACUUCAAACGUUGUUCUGGUCAAUGAGUUUAAGCUUGCCGUGGAAAGCACUCCGGCUGCGAGGCUCCAUGUCAAAGUCAAGAAAUCCAAACAAGCACCUCCCCCUAAGGCCGGAACUCCAGUGGCUGUUCCUGCCGAGGAUUUUGAGCUCACAGCGAAUAGCACUCCGGUUGCAAGGGUUGAUGUUGUAGGCAAGAAAUCCAAACAUGAAACAGAUGAUGAGAGAUGUGUUAUCAGUUGCACUCCUCUCGCAACUAGCUCAAAUCGACAUGACGACAAGGUGACACGUGCUCCGGAAGCUGAACCAGGCAUUUGCCCCAUCCGAAAACUCAAAACUAAGCGCCCACCUGCUGUUGUCACGGAAAACAAUGACAGUUCUGAUGAAGAAAUCAAGACAAUCGCGGACGAUUGUCCAACCAUCAAAGUCCCUCGCUCCGCUACCGCUGACCCAGGCCCGGCUCCAAAGCUCAAGACUAUGCGCCAAUCUCCUGACAAAGACAACCAGAAAAGCGCACAGAAACCUUGCCCCAUCCUAACCUCCCAUCCCCUCGCCAUUGACCCUCCUCGCGCUGGCAUCAAGACUGUCAAAUUCCAGGUGCUUCCCUCAGCUGUCAAGCGAACAGACGUCGAUAGGGCAAUUAGUCGCUUAAACGUGGGAAGAAAAUGGUCCGUCUUGGACCCAGUUGAUCCCACGGUCAAACCUACCAUAUCACGACUCAAUGUGGGUGGCGAAUGGCGUUAUCUUGAACACGGUCAGGCGGGGAUAGUUUCAGUGGCGAACAUUCCCACAAACCCAAAAUCCGCGGCUGCAAUGGGCAGUCCUCAUUACUGGGACCCAAAGGACGACACCAGGCACAAUACUUUUCAGCCUCAUCAUCUACUCGACUCAUCCCCCAAUCUUGUUGCUGGAUUGCCCGAGCCCAUUUCAGCCAAUCCUAUUCCCAAAAGUACUACCCCCGACCUCCUAUUAGAUUUUACUGAAGGGCUGACUCAAUGGAGUCUGAUCGAUGGUUCCGAAACCUUGACCAAAUGCAACAAGCUAUUCAUUCCACUUACACCAGCCGCAGAGCAACACGACUCAGUAGAAACUCAUACUGAGUGUGAGGUGCCCGGGUCGUUUCCAUCUGAUCCAUCGAUCUCUUCAAAUGAAAUCAUAAGCUACCCCCCAACUAAAUCAUCAUCAGAAGUGAUGACGGCCAGCAACCAUUUCUCGGAGUUUGUGCAAGAUGCACUGCUCAAGCUUCGACAAAUCCCCAAUUCGAUUAAACCAUCCUUUCUUCAACAACCCUUGGAUACACCGGCCGAGCUCAAAGCCUCCAUCACUAAGCCGGUGUGCAGCACUUCUGUAGUCAAUAAUCAAUCCCAGCCCUCCUCGCCAAGAACAUUAAGCAAAUCUAGCCAACAGCUUCUGACCCCCAAAUCCCCAAUAAGUGUUUAUUGCGAAUUACCUGACGUCGCUAGCAAGUCUCCCAGUUUCAAAACCGAAUCAAUCAUACCGGGCGAGACAAUCACUCUUAAGAGCGAAGAAGUUGAAUUGACUCUAUCUAGCAUGAAAGAACCGGAGAUCUCAGACAUCAAGAUCGAUUCCGAUCACGCUCAGCUGGCCCCCCAAGUACUACCACGCCUCCAGCUUAUCCCUAACCCUGAACCCCCCCUGACUUUCAACUCUGCCAUUGACGUGUCUCUAACUGAUGCCAUCCAUGAGGCUCUCGAGGAGAGUUAA